AUGCCCAAGUACCUGCAGGGUGGGUGAGCGCGGCCGUCGAGCGGAGCACGUGCGUUUGAGCGGAUUGCGGUCAAGUGGCUCGGCGGGCGCACGUGUGUCCGCGUGGAUGCGGGUCAAGUGACCACAGCAGGUGGCGUUGUUAUGUCGGAAAAAAUCCGAUUUUUUACCUAUCACAGGCGUACCAUCGGCAUAAUUACAAAGGGAGGCAGAAAAAACCCGGCCCUGGGCGCAGGGAAGGUUGUGCCAAAAGCUCAGCGCAAUCGGUGCAGUACUUUCGGAGAUUACCUAUAACACACCAAAAAUAUAUGUAUAGAUUAUUUCUUUUUCAUGUUUUUCGUUUUCCGAACUGGUAUCUAUAUGCUUCAUAAGGGUUCUUCCCCGUAAAACCACUUUAGAAUUUCAGUUAAUACCUGCGAGGACACGUCACCUCCGUUUUUUUAAAUCACUAUUUAUUCUGACUUUACCUGCGAAAUCUUUGUCUUGCCAUCGGUUAUGUUCAGCUGCAGGAACCAGCUGAAAAUAGCGCAAGUUAUGUAACUUCCUUUAGUUCAUUAACGCAGUCGCCGAGAAAGUAGUCCAACGGUUCGGGUUUGCCAUAACCGUAGAAUACUCCAUCGACGAACGGUCGCCCAAUCACCGGAUGGUUAACACAGACGAUGAUUGACCAAAGGCAUUGGCCAGACCCCUUAAAUAAUUUAAUUCCGUCAAUGUGCAACUAAAGACGCAUUUAAAGAAUUCUAUUUGGCUGCCGACGGCGGAUCUCAUCGAGCAGACCAUGCUAAAGGCCCAGAUGGACGUAGCUACAGUUAUCCAACUGUUAGCUGGGUUUCUGUAGUAGUGUCCUUGGGUACUUGGGAACCACCAAAUGGUUCGGAUGCAGCGUAUCAAAUAACCUCUUCAAUGUGCACAAUGGCAACUGCUCCUUCAAACAAAACUUCUGAAAAUUCAAGAGGAAACGUUUGCCUCGAGCUACCUAAAGGCCUUCAACUACCUCCACAUAUCCCACAAAUUUCAUCAAAUUAUACUCAUGAAGUGCCCACCCGUCGCAAUUUCUGAGGUUAGUUCUGGCAUUUCCAACUCCGGUGACUGCUAUGUCGCGUACGAUGUAAAGACAACGAAAGGAUAAGGAGCGUCCUUUGCCGCAUAAUAAGCCCGUUUCUGACGUUGGAUGAGGUUAUAAACGGUGCUCCGGGUCAAUCCGUAAUACUUAUAUUUCAUAAUGACUUCUCAUUACUAAUAAUAAACAAUAUAUUAGAACAAUAAAGUUACGCCAAGCAGCUGAUGUGGUGGGGGGGGGGCAUCGUUUGCCAAUUAGACCUAUUUGCACUUAACGUGUGCCUAAAUUAUUAGAUAAUGACAGUAAUGAACACAGGCAACUCUAUCAAACAGCACAAAGGAAACAGAUUGCGUACCACAGUAUAACAAGCACUGGGACGACGUUAAGGUGGACGACAGCCGAUAACCGGCGUGCAAAACUACCCCCAGAAAGGAGCCCUCCACUUGAUCAACAUCAACGAGGAGAUUUAUUCCGUGUAUUCAGAGAUGCCAUCAUGACGGAACAUUUAGACGAUGGGGGCUAUUUUACGGAGAUAAUUUUAUGCAUUUCAGUCUUAAUAUACUUUAUUUUAGCGGUUAAAUGCACAAGUUGAUGCGUGAAAUUGCUUCUGCAUUGGUCCGAAAACCUAGUCAAAUGAGGCUGGGCCGAGGCCACACCUAGCCCAAUCGUAUGAUUCGGUCAUGUGUUGGCGGAGAUGCGUCUGAUGCAUCAUGACAGAAAACUUUCCGAUACAAGCGAAAAUGCGAGUUCCAGGAACUAGUUGAUCAGAAGAAGAAGCGAUCGCUGGAAAAAUGGCUUUAUUCGCCAAUGACGAAUAAAGCCAUUGUUCCAGCGAUCGCUUCUUCUUCUGAUCAGAAAACUUUCCCUUUCGAAUAUAUUCUUAGCAAACUUUUUAUAAUGUUCAUAUUUCCAGAUAACCUAUAGUUUCCCAUCAAUAGCUGUCGCCUAUCUUAUGUUAUGAGAGAAUGGGUGCCUCGUAGGAUGUUCGCCUGCAAACUUAAAUGGUUGAAUAUAGCUGGGUUACCGCGAUAACACACUGAGGAUUUCGAUGUGCCACAUUUAAUGGUGAACGCACUGUAGGCGAGAAAGAUCGAUAUUGUGAAAGGAACCGAAAGUGAGGGAAGGGGGAAUCCCCUUGCACAUUUUUUCAGUGGCCAGGGAAUGGCCGGUUGACAGCACACCUCAGCCUCUUCCGGCCCGGAAGAGAGGAGGGCAGGCGGCUGCUGCAGGCAGGGAUUCUUCGAUCACCUCACAGACCUUAGCAAGGUUCAUAAAAUAAUUUAUGGAUUAAGCAAUGGAAAUGAAGACGUGUUCCCCCUUCAGCGCCUUACCCCACAUAUCUUUGGGCAUUCCUAGAAGCUGUCCAAGUUGCGUGAGCACUGACAAACAACUCGGAAAACGCUCACGCGAAGUAUGAUUGAUCUAUUGAGGUGUUCAGAAGAAAUACAUUCACCGAAACCAUGUGUGCGCUUUUAAAUAUACGGUUUGAUACGUUGGGAAGCUUGCAAUAAACUAAGGAACGAAAAGACGGCCGAUUUCGGCCGUCGUAAUAGGCCCUUAACAGUUUUAAAAAACCACUACAACCAUGAUAUUCGGUUAUCACCCAAAGUUAGGAACCACGAUUUUCGGAGCUUGAAGGCGCGCCCAACAGCACAAUUUUACAAACCCAUACGCAUGACGAUAUCUAGUCAGACAAGUGCCAUGGAAAAGUCUGAGAGAGAGAGAGAGAGCAUGACAUCUUUUGCCCACAGAGGACUCAGUGUCGUAGAUGAGAAGCCCUGUUUGGCUCCCUCUGAACCAGGUUGGGUCUACAUAAUUUAAAAAGGCUUUGUAUUAUUCGGGAGUCUCUAACGUUCAUUAUCUGGGGAUCCAGAAUACGCUACCUUUACUAACUCUCAGAAGCUCAGCGUGACGAUGCGGUCUUAAGCUGGGACGCCCGAUUGUUUAAGUUUUAACGCACGAAUUACUUCAGCGGUUGAGUUGUAUUCGUCGUGCUGUGGGCGCUGUUGGACGGGUUUCCCGUAGAGUAUCGAGAUGAGAGAACGGAUGUGUUGUAUCUCUGUUUAUUGGCCAGCGCAGUCCACGUAGUGAACUACGCUAAGAGGGUUUUAGGAAUGCAACCUCUCCUUAAUAACACCUGUCUGCGGCGGUGUUCCCCCACGUGUACACGUGCGAACAGGUUCGUCCUUCACCGUUCGCCGAAACCAGUUGGCAUAUGCGCUCAAGGCGUCUGACGUCUGAAUUAUUGUUGAACUGUGGACUCACGUCGUAUCUCACAGCGACAUAGUUCAGCCGGAGCUGCGCUGAAGGGGCUUUCUGACGGUUCAGAGGACGUGCUCCUUCUCAUGACAGCAUAAGUCAGCUGUCGAAUUGUUCUCUUUCUUAAGGCUCAAGGUAAGGCAUGAUUAAUUGGAUUCCCUCUCGCAUCCCAAAAUAUAUUUCAUUUUCUACAUAAUUGUUUUUGUCCAUUUUCAGCUCGGGACUGGAGUCACCCUUGGGUGCCAACGGUGACCCUCCUGUGCAUUGUCUCCGGAUGAUUCCUGGUGUGUAUACGACCAACGUUCGUGGCUCCCGUGGUAAGUCAAGACCUGUGAUGAAACAAUCCAACUUUGACACGUCAUGUAAAUGAACCUUUGACCCUGAGUUCGUUUCAAGUUUCCUCAUGCAGUGUCACUUUCCUUUUAGAGGAUGAUUGCAUGCCCUUCGGCCCGGAUUUAACCUUGGAGUGUGUAACGCAACAUUUCUGUCGCUAAGCUCCACACUGGCCUUCGUACGCCGUGCAAAAACCUUAUCCAGCUUCUAGUCGUCGGCUCUCCCCUCGAAUGGAUUGUCUGAAAUCUACCGCUUCCAUCUCCUCUGAAUAUAAACUAGGUGUCUAUCUUGUCUUUUCCGGCAUGAAGCUGCUAAUUUUUUGGCGACUUCGGACCCCAGGGUAGAAUUAUUUUACAGUCAACCUUUGCCAAAAGCCUCACGGCUAUUUGUCACUCAUGGGCGCACUGGGUGGCCAAUAGCUAGGCUAACAGGCAUGCGCCUCGGCAAUGAGUCCUCUCUGUUCGGAGUAGUUGGUCGUUGAGGCGUAUCAGUCGGUUUAUACAUGCAACGGGGUUCUCUCUCAUCUCAGUUGGCCGUGCGUACUCGCGAUCUUACGACAGCCGAGCUUUAUUGUCAACAAAGCAGCAGGCACGAGGGGCCUGUGUGCUUGGUAAUCUGUCAACAAGAUUCGCGUCCUAAUCUGUCCUCUCCUAUCCGCGGCGGCCUAGCUCAGCCGGGUUCGUCAUUGGUCAAGCAAGCACCGGGAACUCGGCCGGGUGCAGUCGAUUUAGAUUCGCGCGGACGCCCGAUCAAACUAUUGGAAGUGCGCCCCAGGGCCUGUUGUGAGUUAUGCAGGGUCGGUCAGGUCAUAGCGUUACGUUGCACGCGCGGGGUUCGCAUGAACGCGCAGGGCGAGUACGCUGCUCAAUUGUCAGGCCUGAGGAGGGCUGCGGGAGAUAGUGCCAACACGAUGUGCUCACAGCUGCAGUACUUAGAGCCCGAGCAUAGUUACGAAAUAAACCAACAAGGGGGAACGGUGUUAGACCCUAGUCAGGGUGCGCCUGGCCUGGGGAAGGCGCGUCGAGGAUUUCCAGCAAGCCCGUUCCACCGGAGGGGGCCAUAGGAAAUGUCUCCGGUUCGCGUGUUGGUCCCUGGCGCCGAAUCCGUGUAGGACGCCCUUUUAUCAUAUGGGCUGGUUAGGGGAAAGGGGUCCGAGGGCAAAGGGUUUGCCCUGACACUCCCUAAGGGGGGAGGGGGGCGAGAUGUGCGCACGUUUGCCACGAAGUUAGGGAGCUAAACCGGCGGACACCGCCCGAAACUCGGAAUACCCGAUAUAGGCCGUUUCGAGCACGCCUAGCUCCGGCUUUGCACAAGUAUCAGGCUGCCAGCAUGUUUGAACGCGGGUGAAAACUCCGAGCUCGUGCUCAGAAAUCGAAUGAAAAGGUUGGUAGCUAGUGGGGUUCAUUUUGUUGGUGGUCAACAAUUGCAGGAGCCCGUCUGCACUUGCCACAUAAGAUCCGCCAGGCGUCUCUCUACCAAAGGACGUGCUCUCUACUUUUACGAGAGGUGCGUGUCCUGUCCAUGCGUCGACGAUUGUGGGACAGGCCUGUGGCGUUUGGGCUUGACUGGCGGUGUCGACGGGGUCUAAACUGUGGUGUUAUAUCACAGAUCCUCAUGGAGACGCAUAUGACCGAGGUGACCUAUGCGGUGACCGAGUGUUCGUGGUCAGUGUAGGUAGUUUGGGCAGAUGCGGCGGAUGUAUGUGGGUGCUUCGGGCACUGGGUUCGCAAGUAACUGAUCAGGCCAAUGCAUGCUGUGAAGAUACAAUCGUGGUGGGGAGAGGUUGGAGUUAGGUAUGUACUGCUGGGGCAGGGGGUAGUGGAAGAGGUGGUGAGUGAAAGGACCUUCAGAGUGUCCUCACUGAUGGCGUGGAUACGAUGGUGGUCGUCCCCGUCGUUGCGGCGGUCGUGGUACUGGCAGUGGAGUUGUGGGGAUGGGGGUGGUAGUCGCUGCGGAAGUUAUAUUGGCGGGCCGUGGGCUAUGGGGGGUUUGCCCACUGGAAGUAGUCGUCACCGAGGACACUGUGGGGGCCUCGUUAGGCGUGACGGAGUUGUGUUGCUAUUGCAUGGGGCCCAGAGAUGUCCGAUGAGGCUGGUCUGUGCGCGGAAUGUCCGUUGGAAGCGUGCACAUAUCGGAAGAGGCUGGGGGUUGUUAGUUCACGACGCCUGAGAAUAGUGAGCCGCUCUUUUGGAUUUGGUAGCGGCUACCGUGUGAAGUUCGAAAAUAGUCUCUCUAGUCUUCACAGCGGUUUUUAAGAUCUGUUUAUUUGGGCAAGGUCUUCCUUGGGUCGUAGAAGUGGCUUAUAGUUGUUCGAGGGAAGACUGCAGGGUGUAACUUCAUUUCUGCCGUCCUUUCCAACCAGCACCUACUUCGACAUCACCAUAAAAGAGUCGCUUGGAUAUGGGGCUUGUCAUACAAUGUGGUCGCCCCAUGGCUGGAUUUGUCUCGGCACGAUGUGGACGCUGAGGAUCCUAGGCUUUGUGUCAGGGAUUCUAUCGUGCGACCUCCCCUUCAGCAUAUCUCAGAGACAGCUGAAUUGGGACUAGCUUAGCAUCCUGGUUUGAUUGACGUAGACGGUUUAGGUAUCCAUCCCGUGGCGUAACGUCGUCAGGGUUACUGCCCUGUACAUCUUGAGUGCCGCAUUGACGCACAGAUUGCGGCGAGUAAAGACCUAGACCUGCAGUCGACUAAAGACCUAGCUGGCCUCGUAGAUCCCGUUCGCCAUUCCGUCGUUGAUCGUGGAUUUGUCUGAGAGUGUACUGCCUAAGUAGGGAAAUUCGUCUGCCGAUAUUAGCCGAAUCCUCUUCACGCUUAUCCCGGACGAAGCGUGUUCUUCGGCUUGUGCUGGUUGAUGCAUGGCCACCGUCCUCCGUGUGAUGAUGGUCAAUUCAAAGUUGACGCAGGCGAAGGCGGGGAGACCCACGCUUCUUUGUGUGUCUUCUUAGGUUUCGGCAUUGAGUGCGCAGUCCUCCGUGAAUAGGUCACAAACAAUGGUUGUGGAUAUUCGCGCUAGUACCUGUAUGCAUCAGAUAUCGAGAGGCUGGCCGUCGGUCCUGCAGACGGCGCUCCUCUCGGUCGGCGCCCAUCAGCAUGGCGAACGUGAGGAGGGUGAAGACGCGUACACAAUCCUGAUUCGUUCCAUUGGUCAUUGCGAACGCCUCUGAUACUGUCUCGUUGUCCAUGACACGCGCCAACACCACCCCGUCGUGUUGUCUUACCAACUCCGUGAAACGCUCCGGACAUCGCCUACCAACGACGACGCAAUUUCUCCCAUCAACCACACCUCCUCAUUCAGACGCUGUCGCGGCUUGCAAUGCUGACCGGAACUGCCAUUGGGCGGUUGAGUAUCAGACACCGUUAAGUCUACAACCCAACAGGUAAAGAGGCAACUAACAUGGUUCACAAAUCAGAGCAACCGCUACGACUGCGGCCGGUACCUCCCUUCAUCACCCAUAAAUCACGCUCUAAGGUUUGUGAGAGUUGUCGAUUGACGGUGGGAGUUAUAGCGGUAAAAUAGAAGCUGACGGAGUGCCUCACCACAUCUCCAAAGCCAGCAAGGCCCUUUGCCAGCUGCAGGACUCAGGAGGUGUAAGGUUGUCAUCCUGACUGCGCUGCUGUGUGGAUCGGAGACCUGGACUGUAUACAAGGAACAAGCGCGGAAGCCCAAACACUUUCACCUCCGCUGUCUCUGGAAAAUGCCAAAGCUGAGGUGGCAGGACAGAAUCCCCUCCACAGAAGCGUUGGAAGGGACCGGAAUCCUCAGCGUGCACGCCAUGCUGGGGCAACUGAAGCGGCAAAGUGGUGAGGGUGGACGGUGAGCGAUUAUCCAAGCGACUCUUCUACGGUGCUGUAGCUGCAAGUGGUUGUGGGCAAAGAGGACAAAAAGACGCUAUAAGGGCAGCCUGUAAAUCAACCAGGAGACCUGGGAGGACCUCGCUAGGCACCGACCACCCUGAAGGAGAGCAGUGAAAACUGGAGCAGCAAUUUACCAGGCCAACCGGAUCGCCGCUGCCAGAGCCAAAAGCGCAACUCAUAAGACUCAAGCGCCUGCGAUCCACAACGCUAACACCACACCUUUUCCACCACUGCCAACGAACAUUCCGCGGGUGGAUCGAUCUCGUCGGACAUCUCAGGACCCCGUGCAACAACAACUCAACACCCCCCUCCCCUCCCCACCUACCGCCUUCACGAACGCCCCCAUCGUCACCCCUGCACCAAUCUCCACGGCGUCAAUGACGACCACGACCAGUGACCACACCCGUGAUGCCCCGCCGCCGCCGUCUAUCAUCCUCACCGCCCACCAUCCCUGCCACAACCUCCGCGACAAUGACGACGACUACCGCCACCUGCGCCUUCCCCCGUCACCGGUCUUCAUGACUCUGUCAUGA